GUACUCUGUGUAAAAUGGCUGCCAGAGAAGUUGUGGAGAGUUGGGAAGAUAUUGAAGAGACUGGGAUACUGGAGACUGGCUUGGUCCCGUCAGACCCGCCGUCCCCUGAAGACUGUGACAUUGUGAGCAGGGGGGUGAUGAACGGUCCCAUUAUUUUCCAAGAUGACAGCUAUCGAUCUCAAUAUUCAUCUCAAGAACCUACUGUCAAGAUCCUGAAAAGGCCGCAAAAGAACAUGAAUGGAAGUAAACAUAGUGUAGUAAUGAAUGGCGACGCCAAGCCGAGGCAGCCGGUUAAAACGCUGCAGCAACGGGAACAAGAGUACGCGGAGGCGAGGCUAAGAAUCCUGGGUGAAGCGAGAAGUCCUGAGGAGCAGACAAACGUUCCCGCAACGGACAGGAUAAGUAAAAUUCAGUCAAAAAUGGAAGUGUUAAGGACAUGUGAAAAUGCCAACAUAAUUCGUCUUCCUAAGGGACCUGACGGAACAAGAGGGUUCAAUAUACGCAGGUAGUGACGGAUAGAUUUUUAGUUUGAUUACCAUCGGAACACGAUCCAUUGUGCGGAAAUCACAAACGGCCGUGAUGGUCGGGGUUACAGAAGAUUGGUCGCUCCAAUUUUGAUAUUAAUUUAUAUUGGAUGUUUCAGCAUAUCGCCUACUGAGCCAUCAUUUUUGUAUGUGUACAUAUGUAUAAAAGGUCACAAUGUAUAUUGUGGAUAGAAUUGGUUGUAGUCGGCGCAUCUAUACCGCAGCCAUACUGCACUAAUAGCAUAGGAUGUGAAAGUAUAGGACGUAUGUAAUUUUUCAUGAAUGUGCAUGUUUAUUUUAGUCGUAAGAGCAAAAUAACAGUUUUUUAUACGAUUGCAUUGCAACUAUUUAUCAAGGAGUGUGCUUCUUUAUAGAUAUUUUAAAUAUAAAAUUAUAUUUUAAAUUUUAUUUGAUGAUCAAGUUUUGUGUAGCAGUUUUGAGAAACGGGUGCAUAGCACAGUUGUAACAGCUUGGAGCAGAGCCUUUGGAUCCACUUCUUGUUCUUGCUCUGCUGUGUUAUCAUCCUCUACAGGAAGAGAGAACUUUCUGUUAUGUAUCAUUUUAGUUUGUAAUUUUUUUUUAAUUUUACACUUUUUUUGUUUAUUUUAAAGUUUUAUGGAUUUUGUUUUAGCAACAGUGACACAAUUAUUUUUAAAAACAUAACAUCUCAGUGUAUUUAAACUUGUUUUCUAUAGUUAGGAAUAUAAUGCUUCAGGUGAUGAAAUUACUAUUGGGAUCAAAUGUUAUACAACUAACGCUGAGGUCAAAAGAAUGACAAUUGUUCACAGUGUACGAAACUGAGUGGAUUUAUUUUUGGCUUUCCAUUGGUUUCAGUUUGUGUGUGUGUAGUUUCUUGCCACUGUUGUGUUUGUAUGACUAUCGACAGCCAUAACUGAACAGAUCUUUUCUUGUCAGUUUCUAAGAUGUGUGUGUGAAAGAGUAGUGAGUGUUUAUUGGCAAAUGCAGUUUGAAUAUUUUAGCUUACCUCACCAUGGCUUUCUUGCUAUUCCAAAGAUUAGCACAAUGGAGGUAGACUGAUGCUAUCUUGCUGUGGAAUUUUAGUUUGUGUUUUUAGCCUGAGAUGUACAUUAGUAAUUGGUGCAGAUUUAUUUUUAUGAUGCUGACUGUACAAAAGUAAAUUACUGGUAGUAUUUUCACUUGAUUACCUUUGUGCUAUUAAGGGGCCCGCCUCGUCAGGGGUGUGUGUGUGUUAGUGAGGCGGGAUGAUAAGCGCGACGCUCGCUGGUGCUUCUAGCGCGGUAUAGCCUCUAAGCGCAAGUCUCUGAACUGGCGCGCAUUCGUCUCGUCGUCACAGGAUAACUGUGAAAUUUGAGCGGUGACCGUAACAUUAUAUGGCGGAGAAAUGAAGAUAAAGGUGUUAUGCAAGCCCCUUAAGUACUUUCAAGAAUCUGUACUGAUUGUUUUAUGCCUAAAAAUUACUCUGAAAACACGCGUUUUAGGCAUUUUAACGCUUCUAAAAAGACAGUUUAAAAACUUAAUCCGAAAUUAAAAGUACUUUUCGGUCCUCAGCGAACUCUUAAAUGCUAUUCGUAAAUAGGCCCCACUCGGAUAUCUUGAGUAGUUUUGAAAUCGCGUUGUUUUUCCUGAAGCUCUGCACACCGUAUGUGUGCCCAGGUAGGCGGGCCCCUUAAUAGAUAUUUGGUUUGAUGUAUCAUUGUGGUUUCAACUAUAACGUACAGUAAUCACUAAUUAUUCUAAUGUAUUUUCAUCAAAGAUUAAUUUACGUUACCUGGCAAUAUUAGUAAAGACAUUGUUCUUGGAAAAACUGCAGUGUGGUCGGGUUUACAACUGUCACAGUGGUCGAGAGGUCAGAUCACUCAUCCCCAACCAAGGUGUCCCGGGUUCUGAUGUUCCCUAAGCGGGAAUCAAGGCGGACAUUGCUGUGUGCCCCUGGAUCUUCUGUGGAAAUUCCAGUUUCCUUAACCUAUUUAUUUUGAAUACUUUGUUCUCUUCAUCACCUCUCAUCUGUCUCUAAUGACUUCAAUGUUAAUGUGAUGUUAAGUGCUCAUUCAUUUAUUGUUUUUAUAUAAUAAAGAUAACGGCACUUCCCCAUCAUGUGUAAAAAUAUUAAAAAAAUUUCAAUAUUGAAUUAUUAUUUUGAUAUACUUUAGUUGUGAAGUUGGCUGCCCUUCUGAAGCUGUUAACAUGGUGUUUACAAACCACUCAAUAUUUAUAGCAUUUAAGAGCCAUUACACUUCUGUAUGCAAGUUUCGUUCCAUGGUUUUGUCUUUAACGUCAGUGAAAAAGACUAAAAUGAAUGUUUUCACUGGCCUUUUAGGUAUGAAUAAUUCAACACACAGUAUUGUAAGUGGUACAGGGACAUGCAGGGUAUUGUGUAUGAAAUGAUAGGGUCUUGUAAAGGUGUGUGACCGACGCGAAGACUACGUGCCGGCUCGGUGCCUGUUGCGUGAUGCGUGAGUCAGUGUCUCCCUUCGCACUCUUGGAGCUCGUAUGCCUGACCGGGCUGACCCAGGCAGUAUUUAUACUUAUUUGGGAGGAAAAUUCCAUAUAGGAAAUUAAAAUAUUUAUUUAUAGGUACAUUUGUACACACAUAUACUCACAUGUAAUAAUUUAUAAGCAUCAUUCAAAUUUAUAAUAGGGUUUUUAUUUUUUUUAAUAUCAUAAGUUAUUAAAUCAAGCAAUUAAUUUUGUUAAAAGAUUUGCCAUAAUUUAGUGUGUAAUAUUAUUACCUUUUGCUCUCUAUAAAGUGGUUAAUCUUACCUUUAUUGCACAUUAUUCAGAAAUGUCUGCUAAUGCAGUUAUAAAUGUGUUUACUUUUGCCAAAAGUUAACUUAAUAGGUAUGUUAAUAGUUUAACCGAAAUUGCCAUUUUAAUGGUUAGUUUAGGUACAACAAUUCAAUGAUGUUUAUUGGUUUACAGUUGAUGUAAUGUUUGUCAACUUUAUCUGUGAUGUAAAUAUAGUGGCAUAAUUUGGGUUGUGAUUAAAUAAAUAAAUUUUAAUAAGUUUUACACUAGAUAUAUAUUUGAUCCUGUUCUCGCCACCCUACUGUUUACUUGAUAUAUAGAUAAUCACAACUUUGUAACAAUCCAAACCUCUGACUAGCUCAAAUUAGUCUAGAUUGCACAUACAUAAACACUUGAGAUUUGGAUUGAAUAUUGAAAUAUUUUUAAUUUCCAGAAAAAAAAAUGUUACUGUCAACGAUUGACUAUCAAAAUAAAGUCUAUCUGGCAACCAUUACUGAUUUUUUCUGCUUUUUAUUAAUCCUUAUCUAAAAUUCACAAGUCUUAAUGGCUGCCAUCUUCCGACCAUGAAAACAAGUCCAUGACGAAAAAUACAAACAAGUUACAUAAAACAUCUCUGACUCCAAAACACAAAUUAACUGUUAGUUGGUACCGAAAGUGAAAAUCAUAACUGUUUGUUUGUAAAUCCAGUGGUUUCUAACAACUCAACAGUACAAGCCGGAAAGACUACAUCAUCGGAACAAUGAUAUCAUUGUUGCUGGCUGUUACCAAUGACUUUGCCCAAAAUUACUAAAUUAAAGUUUUGAAAAACAAAACAGAAGGUUAAAUACAUAACACAUGAUAUUGCGUAGACCACAGCCGCGAAAUACUCUGUCUUUACGUUCCUUUGUUAAUUCUGAGCCACUGCCUGACACGCGACCUAUCGGUACCCAGUACAGACGCUGACUAACUACAAUUGCCGCCCGUCUGCUCAGAAGGACGGAAGAUGAUUAUGUGAUGUAAUUUCCAACCCAUCACAAAAAUACACAUAAAAUAUCAGCUAAUACUGGAGCCUGGCAACAGCAUUUCAACCCAAACCACAAGUCUUUCCCAAGCACAAGCAGUGUCUGUCUGUUUCUCUUCUAACUUCCUUGUCAAGAGAUUAUGCAUUAUCCCACUUUCACACAGAACCAUGACAAAUAUUACAAAAGCAAAAUGUUAAAGCUCAUAAAAACUUUAAUGGGUAAGCUAAAUUAAGAAAAAUUACCUUCAAACUACUUUUUCUUAAUAAAGUAAGCAACUCCUCAGAAAUAUUAAAAACAUUACAUAAUAUAUAUACUGAUCACCAAAACAUGUUUCUAACAUACAACUACUGCUUAAAAGAAAUAAAUAGCUGUUAUAUAAUCAGAAAACAAAUAUCUUUAAUAAACUUUUUUUAAAAAUUGGGGAGAGCAGUAUGCUGUGGCUAAGACUGGUUUCCACCCUAAUUGAUUCUCUGGAUAUACUCCAUGAGCAAUGUACUGCCAUUAAAUAUCUGUCUGUUUUAAAAACAGUCUCAAAUAGGCUAUAUUCCUAACAAUAUCUGGAGAACCACAGGAUCAUGUUGCACCUAGUAUCAAGUAAACAGUAGGAUCAGGGAUAACUAGUGGAAAACUCUUUUUGGCUACUAAAUUAAGGCACAAUACAAAUUUACAUUUCUAUGUUUACGUUAUAAAAAGGUAUAUUUGAAAACAGACGGUCAACUGAACAGUUCAAAAUGUAGUCAAACUAUUCCACUCGAAGUGAUAAUUUCGUUUACAGUAUAACAAAUAAUCAUGUAAAAUAAAUUCAAAGAUAAUAACAAAACAUAUUAAAAAAUGUAAGUCUCCAUAACAAAGGUUAGUGCACCUUUCCAGAUACCUCAUAGUCAUAUUACCCUGUGGUACAAAUACUUUACAGUUGGCAUAAUUGCAACUAACUAGUAAACAAAGUAUAGUUUACAGAGCAUAUUUAGCCAUUCAGUAAAAUGGAUUGUGCUGUAGCUAAUGAAAUUAUAGAAAUUUCACAACACUGUUUUACGCAGUGAUUAGGAAGAAGGUAAUAAUAUCAAAUAAUUAAUUUUCAACACUUUUUUUCCCUUUUGUUACAAUGUGUCCCUGUGCUGAAUAUUUACCAAUUUAAUGAACUACUUAUAAUUAAGUUUUGUUAUGCUUUGUAAAUAGUUAAAAUUUCUUAAAUUAUUUUGUACGUGUCUUGGCUGGAAAUAUUUAAAUUAGCAGUGUUUGUUAGAAUGUGUUUAAAAUUGCCUAUGUCGAUAGAACAGAAGCAUUGUGGCUGCAGAAUGCUAACUCUUACCCAAGUAAAUACAUGUAUGGGGUCACUUGAAUGAAAAUUUGCUGGCUUUAUUUUUUUAAUCAAACUUUAUAGUUAAAAAAUAGAAGCCUCUUGAAAUCAAAAUCUUCCUAAAAAAAAAUAUGCCAAAAUAUAUGUUACUUCAAAAUUAUACCUUUCACAAGUGCUUUUUUCAUAUUCAUAAAAUCAAAUCUUUAUUCUGGUUUCCAUGGUGAGGUUGUGCUAAAGGAAACAUUUGCUUUUGCUGCACAGCUGUGAGGAAAAUGAAUAUUUUUGUUGAAAUUGUGUGACAAUGUAAUGCCAAUAUGUAUGACUGUCAGUACACUGAGUAUUCUAAAAUUAAAUGAGUAUAUUUAUGAAGUUAAUGCCAUUUUAGGUGUUCUGGUGUUGCUUUAUCAGAGUUAGUUAAUCUUUUGAUAAAUUAACAGUUGCAAAUUAUUUUAGAUUUGCAAAUUAAUUUUUUUAAUAAAGUCGGCCUGUUACCAGUUUGCUCAAUAGUGUGUUUUUUUUUAAUCAUACUGAAUGUUUCAAAAUUUAUGGUACGUACAUUUUGGAGGGGAGGGGAAUGAUAGAACACAACUAGACAAGCACCAUACAGUAGACUAGCUGCAGUACCCGGCGUUGCCCGGGCUGAACACAGGGUGAUUUUGUCCGCGAGUUAAAGCAAAAUGGAUUGAGCUGUAUGACGGUGUGGUGGACAUUGAGAAAUGACACACAAUUGCUGUUUGUUUGUCUGUGGCCUAUGAUUUUCUGUUUACCCAUGGUGAUCGGUUGAACUGUUUAUAAGUUAAUGCGCUGCAGCCUCCAUCUAGUGGCGAAUUACAGCAAAAUAUAUAGUGCGAAAAUUGCCAACUUUCAGGGCGAUCUGUCAAACGGUGUCUGAGUUAUCGACAUCAUACAUACCUAAAUCCUAUUUUACAUAUAUAAAUAUGCUUGGAAUUGAAUCUGUGAAUCUCUAAAGGGCAAGUACAUGCUAUGCUUUGAAAUUACGAGAAACAAGACGGAAUGAUGGGACAUGCCUCUUGCAGGCCUGGUAUUCAACCAGCAAUUUGCACACAAGCCCCUUUUGCAGAGAUGCUGGUGUAGUCGCUGAAAGGUUCUCGUAUAUGGCACAUAUCUGGUUGGAAAACAUUCCCGCUAAAAUCUUUGUGCUUCCUUUGCAUUGCCGUCCACAAGCCUGUACAUGUAAUGCCUAUCACUUGUUUUAUUUAUUCGCAUAUUCACCCAUCUCACUGGAGAUUGGGGAUCCUCAGUUCAAAUGAUGAUGGUUGCUGUGAACUGUACGUUUAUGUAGUUUGCAGGAAAGUGCUCUCUAGGGCUUACAGGUUUCGUUCCGAGCACAUAUUGUGUGGUGAUUUAUGCUUGUAGUUGUGUUUUGUCACUCAUAAACGUGUAUUCCACGGAUUUUAAAACAUUCUGUACAAAUAAUCAUUGUUAAGGCCGAAGUAUUGAUUAUUGGGUUGCAUGAUACAUUUUUAAUUAUUGCUUGCUGUGAUCCAACUAAUUUGUACCAAUGUAUAACCAACUAUAAAGUGGUUGAAACAUGUUUUGUAUGGGGUUCAUUAAUUUUUCACCAUAACUGAACAUAAUUAGAUUUAUUUUAGUGAUUUUGUUUCCUAUAAUUAUGAUUUUUAAUGGUGGGUAUAUAUUUUAUAACUGUAUUCUCUAUCAACUUCUAUUUAGAUUUUACAAAUGUGUGAUUAUUAAUAGCAGGUAAGUGUGACUUUUUUUUUUUAAUUUUCUAGUUCUGCACAUACAGGGUGGCCAGCGACCGGGAAAACCGGGAAAAGUCAAGGAAUUCCAGGAAACCUGGAAAAGUCAGGGAAUUUUUUUAGCUGUCAGGGAAAUUUUUUGUAGGUGAUUCAGUCUGUGUUUAUGUACUUUUAUGAAAAAUGUCAUGUGUUUAGCGAUUCAAAAUCUUUUCUAAUCAUAAAUCUUCAUUCCAGAUUUGAAAAGCACGUGUGUAUUUAUUAAAUGUAUCGUGAUGUUCAACUAGUAAAACAUCAGACUACGUCUUCGAGAGCAAUCGAACUUUUCGUAAUCGAUUGUAAUGCGUGACUGCGAGAUAUUGAGAUUGGUACCCAAUGCAGUCGAAAAUAUCGUAAUCAAAUGGAAAAUGCGCAACUGCGAGAAACGUGACCGUCGCUAUGCACUUAUUCGUUAUUGACUUCUUGGUUAUGUAAUACGUUGUUAAUGUGAUUGAUAUGCGAAAUUGCGAAUGCCGAUUGAAGUGGAAAGUCGCCGCAGUGUUUUUUUAUCACGUAAGUAUUCUCCACAUUAGAAUGUGUUUCUACACAGAUUUUGUGGUUAGGCUGUACCCCAAAAUGGCGGUUUGCUAGUUUCGUUUUUGUGUUCGGUAUUUUUAAAAUCAAACACUAGGCGCUUGGUAUUAUCAUUUCUCUGACACUUCAUGUUAACUGCUGUCUAACUCAGUAAGGUUUUUCGGUAAAUGCUGAAAGUUUGAUAGUGAAUAUGAGAGAAGAAUCAUUUACCACGUUUCCAUGUCGGGUUUAAAACGUUUCGGGUAUCCAAUUUAGUUUGUGUACGAUACCCGUUUCCAUGCAAUAAUUAGAUCCAGUUAAAAACGACUUCGAUUCGCUUGAUAUAUUUGCUUGUUAUAAGGGUGGCGACAUUGAAAUUUAUGUUGGCUCACAUGAAAUAAAUAAAGACGUAAGUAAAUAAACACAAACAGGUGAUUUGUCAUUCUACUACGUCCUAAAUACUUUCCGUACGAAAAUAGAAUGGAUAAGCAAAACUAACACUUCUGUUGUCCACACAUUCCUACUAACACUCGUCAUUUUUAAACAGCAACACACUUUAAAGUGUUAUAAACAACUGCCAUUGGUAAUAAAUGCUGUGCGUAUUUGCUUUCUAUCCGUUUCCAAUACGUUAACCGUUUCCAUGCCAUUUUUCCCUCUGCUCAAUCCCAUUCCAUCCUACAAUUUUGGUGUAUCGACCUUGAAACUCAUAACGUUUUGGAACCCGUUUCCAUGGACGUUUUCGAAUCGGUAAGUGUUCUUAAAACAUUUUGAACCCGACAUAGAAACGUGGUAAUUGAUUGCAAGGAGAGUCGUGUAUGAUGCUGUCACCAACGUUGGAGGUUUGAACAAGUUAACCAUCACCAAUCCUCUGAUUCAUUCUGUCAAAAAUGCCCAUGCUCGGUACAAAGAAGCGAAUGAAAAGAAACAGGAAUCAGAAUAUGCGUUAUCAAAGGAAAUGUUGAAGAAGAGGAAAGCUGCCGCUCUGGUAAAGGAGCUCGAGUCAAAAAAAAGCUGCACUUAUGUUAAAUGCACAGAGGGAAGUUGAAUUAAUUGAGAAAGAAAUUUUGUCUUUGAAUUAGUGGUAUGUUGUUGUUCGCAGCUACAAAAGAAAACAAGUGUGUAUACAUCUAUGUUUCAAGUUUUUUCAUAUAGUAAUUUCUUUACAAUUUAGGAUGGCUGUGUGGGAAACUUAUGGCUAACAAACAUGAGAAGUGAGAUCUUGGAUAGUUUUCAGUAAUUAUACCUGUGUCUUCAGCAUUUUUAUUUAUUUAUUAACAAUACCAACUUUAUUCAGAUUUAGAGUCAUUUUGUUGAACAUCACAUCAACAGGCAUGCUAUCUUCAAAUGUGUGAUCAAAUGUUUAAACUACUUAAUAAACACACUAUUAAAGUGCAAUUUAUUUUAUGUGAACUGCUGUGAAGAGUUUGAAGCCGCCAGGGUGAAUAAUCAUAUUUUUGUCAAUUUUUCCAUUGAAUAAAUUUAUUACAUGUUGCUUAUUACUCACAUAUAAUUUAAAAUUUUCAGUAAUUCUGUGUUAGCAUAGUUGCCACAUUGUUAUUUUUGUAUCUUUGCUGAGAAAUUAAUGCAUUUUAAGUAGUUGCAUUGAUAGGCCUACAAUAUAUAUCGUGUAAAAAUUUUGUAUUUUAUAGUGGUCAGGGAAUUUUCUUUAAGACCUGGAAAAGUCAGGGAAUUUUUUUAUACUGACUUGCUGGCCACCCUGACAUAUAACAGCCAUUAAUAUUCCAUUUUGCAGUUUAGAGAAAAUAAUUCUGGGGAAAAAAUUUGCUUUUGAAAUCAUGUUACACAUUUGUAUACAUUUUAAGAAGUAUUUUUUGGUCAGUUAUGGAUACUAAUAGUAAUUGAUAACAUGUAAAAUAGUGUAUACUUUGCAUAUUUUCCCUUCAUUUCUCAUAAAAUGUUGCUUGUAGUUACAUAACCAUAUGUAAUACGGUUGCAUUGUUAAAAUGAUAUUGUGGUGUGUGGAUAAGAUAAUGCAAACAUUUGUGUAGUGUGAGAAUCUUAAAGCUGUUAUGUGAAAGUGAUAUUAUUUUGAAGUGGUAUUUUAUACACAUCCAUGUUUGCUUUACUAAUGAAUAUAAUUUUUCUUCUUGCUAGAAUUCUUUAGCUUUGAAUGUAACAUAAAUCUUUAAAAAAUAUCACAAUUUAUUAAAUAUAUCAUAUACUGAUUCUAUUGAGCUGUUGUGUACACAGCAAGUUGUAAUUACUAAUUUACCAAAGAUUUAUGCUUGAUUUCCUUCCAACUGUUGUUUUAAAAUAUUGUACUUAGAUCAUUACUAUUUCAAAGCGAACCAUACAAAGUGCCUUAUGGUUUUAUGUGCAUAUGUAUGCAUGAUGAGCAAAAUUGAAAAUUAUAUUGUGUUCAUACAACAUUGAUAAAACAUGGCUACAGGUGCAUAUGUUUUUAAUUACUUUUAAAAUUGUUUAACACAAAAACAAAAUUAAAAUGUUCAUUAAAUUGUUUUAAAUUAAAUUGUUUUAUAUUGUAAGUGUGAUAGGAGUUAGUAAAUAAUUUGCCAUAAAACAUGAUAAAAUACAAUUUUAUAAAGUAUUUUAAUUCAUUCGUAAUUUAUUGUUUGACAAAUAGUUGUUCAUUUGACCACUUGACCCAGUUACUUAAAUAUUGUAGUUAUAUUUUGUGCAUAGUAUAUUUUAAUGCACACGAUAGCAUAGCAGAACAGUCGCACAGUUGGUCGAUGCAUGUAAUAUAGGCGAUUAUUACAGGAGAACAUAAUGGAUUUUUUUUACAUCCUUUUGUGGCUAAGAAAAUAGGAGAAAUCAAAGGAAGGGGUUGAAAAUGAGAUUACGAUAAAUAAUUUUAAGAACUGGAUAAGACAGGAUUUUUUUUUUGUGUGUGUGUAAACAUGUUAGUUCUCAGUAUACGCCUAUACGGUAUUUGGUAGGUGUAAAUUCGUGAAUGGAACGGAAGGUAAUUGGAACAGAAAUGUGUAAACAUGGUGCUGCCAUCUGUUUAUUCUCGGAAAUUUAGAAAAUAUGGCGAACCCGUAUGAUUCAUCCGUAUAUGUUAACUUCUGCGAAUAUCGGAGGAUGAUCUAGGGUGUGCCAAACUUAACUUUAUAACAGUAUAACUCUCCUUUAAUACUUUGUUAUAAUUUGUAGCCAUAAAAAAUGACAACUAAAAUAUGCAUUACAAUUUUGACAAUCCUUAGUUAACAUUGAAAUGUAGAGAUAGUGCAGCAUUCGUAAUACAAUAGAGCAGCGGUUCCCAAAAGGGUUUUCAUACAUUUGAUGCCAUGUCGAAUAAAAUAAUUUUGUAAUGAAAUUCUUCUGUUAAAACUUAAAUGUUGAAUCAGCUCAAUAUGGUGAUGGUGUUUGUUUGCCGGAAUUAUUUAUAGACUGAUUUCUGUCAUUUAAGCAAAAACAAAUAUACAUACAUAUACUUAGUGUUAUCAUAUGUGUUACAAUUGUCUUAUGAUUAUUCAAGUUUGUCAAAUGUAUUUCAGGUUAGUUACAUUUCCAUAAAAAUUACUUUGGUACACCAGUAUGCUUAGUACAUCCUUCAAUGUUCACGAAAGUUAAUAUUGACGUAGUCCAGGGCUGUACCCAUCUGAGCCCGAUGUGCCACCAUCUUGCUCCCCUCCUGUUAAUCCUCCCGGCUGACGUGUUUUUAAAUAGCGCGCCGCCGCAAGAGGGCGCUGUAGAAUCAGUGCUCCGCUCCCAAGAAAUAAUAAUACUGUGAAAGUCUUUUGUUUUGUUCCCUAAGUGCCAUAUGGUUUUAUAUCCAAAUUGAUUGUAAUUUUUAUGUAUUUCGUUUACUAAUUACGUCCGCGGCACGACGGGAAACAGGAUAACUGUCCAGGGUGCUUGGCGCCAAACACCCUUUCCCGCUACCUCGGCGGCCAUUGCUCGCCGCAGUCGCUUCCCGACGUUACCCGAAGACAGACGCUUUCGGCUCUCCGAGGACUUCACCUUUGUGCGCCUAUCAAGGUGGUUGGACCACAGCUGUGCCUGUCUGCCGCUAGGCGUUUUCAUAGAGCGAUUGUGUUUGCGUGCUUCGAGUGUUGUCUGUCGGCGUGUGGGGCACCCUGAGAUCCCACUGCGUGGUUUUUAUAAAUAGCGUGCCUGACGCUGAGAGUGGGUCAGGUCAGUGGUUAGGGUAAUUGCUGUAGGGGGAAACGAGCAUUUCUGGUACAUACUUAAAUUUCACUCUCAACACACCUAAAGAAGUGUACUCAAAAACGCAGGCGAUAAGAAUCCCUGUCGGGGAAAUGUCACAGGUUCAGCUUUGAGCUGAACACAUUUGGCACUCCUGUUUUUCAGCUAGCCUGAGAAAUCAAUAGUACCAUCUUGCUAAACAGAAUUAUAAUCAGUUGUGUUUUAAAUUGGGAAAAAAAAUUAGUUAUUUUUUUUUUUUUCCUGGAAUGAAUAUUUUUGUAUAUUUAUCAAUUAUCAUACUUAGCAUUAUGUUUAACAAUUCUGCAUUAAAUUUUGUGCCAGAGUUUUAUAAAAGUUUAUUUGCAAUAUAACACGAAUUUGCUUCUUACCGAGGUUAGGUGUUGACACAUCACUGGCAAAGACUAAGAUUUUUUUUUUUACGUUCCAUCUUAUAAAAGGUGAGCACUUUGCAGUGCCUGUUACAACCACACUUCAGUGAAGUUUUGCCUGGUGCGAUUUAGAGAAACCUAUGUGGACUUACAUCAGGAUGAUUUGUCCAAUAUUUUUAUUAAAGUUUUCCCAAAAUGUGAACCAUCUUGCUCUGUUUUGACAGUAGAAUGACAGAAACUAGCAUGGCAGCCACUGUUAAGAGUUAUGCUGGCCACUUCAUUUGGUUGUGUCUGUGGGGUCUAUAUGUAAGAUAUAAUAAUUAAUAGAGCACUAUGUCAUUCUUUUGAUCAGAUUUAGAAGUAGUACAUAUUAUCUGUAUAUGUGCUGUACCUACCUAUGCUAAACUGAUUCUGGAUGUUGCACUUCAGUGCCAUAAAAAUUGAAAUAUUUCUGUGAUGUGAAGGUUGCCAUUCAGCGUAUUAGGGUCUCUUCACACCAUCCCUCCAUGUGCCGACCCAGUGAAGCAUGCAGAGCUCACCAAGGUGUGACAUUGAUGUGUCCAUCGUGGUGCUGCUAGCACAACGACGGUAGUUCCGAGUGCCUGAACUAGCGCUGUACAGUCCACGAUUACCGUGCACACUAGAUGUUUGUCCUUGCUCUCGGUGCAGUGGAACCGUUAUCUUCCUGCAUGUUGCUCAGUUUGUACCUCCUCGGCGCUCUUGUGCAAUACCAGCUUCACUGUGCUUGCGUUUCUUACGAUUUAGCUGUAGGACAAUCCACAAGCCUGCGAGGGCACGACUUUCCGUGGUUCAACACCGAAACCUUUCGGUACGGCCUUGGUGUUCGCUCUGUCUCUGAAAGCUAACGGCCGGUGCUGUACGAUGUUCCGCUCACCAGUGUCGCUGUCCUGCCCUGUUGUACACAUCCCCCAAAGUAGACCUGACACGGUGUUGCGUUUUUAAUUUUUACUGGUCAGCAGUGUAUGUGCACGUACCAAAGCAGGUUCCCGUUUGAAAUGUCUGUUCAAGGUCCAAGAGUAUUGAUGAGCAAAAUGUCGUAAGGUUUCACAACAAAAGGAUUUUGCAAAUGAAUGUUUGAAUUUUAGUUUUCUCAGUGUAUUAUAUUUAUAUUGUGUACUCCGAGAUUGUUACCGAAGUAACACAAAAGGAAUUAGCAGCUGUGGCCUGUAAUAAGAAACCAUUGCAGCUCUUUGCUGAAGUGAUAUCAGGAACCACGGGACCAGAGAUACAAGUCGUAUCUCACCAUUGCAACCCAACUCCAUACAAUUUGCUUGAUUAGUGUGGGUAAGUGAUGCCGUAUAUGCCCAGAAGCGGUUGGGGGGAGAGUAAAGAAUAAUAAAACAUCUUGGUCCGAGAUAUGUUGCCCACAAAAUUAUUUAAUAAUUUGUUUAGUCUAAAUUCCUGCUGAAUGCAUAAAAUUGCAAGAAAUAAGAUAAAUAGCGCAGACCUGAGAACUUUUUCAAAAAAGCUCUGUCAUAAGAUUUCAAUAGUUAUGACAUUUUGGAUAGAAUCAUAACCUUUUUUAAUUAUACAUCAUACAAAUUUCUCUAACUUAUUAAUUUUCUAAAAAAAGAUUAUAGAUACGGUUGUUGAAUGUUCUUGCUUUCUAAAAACUGUGCAAUACUUUAUGGCACACACAUUGGGAACUGUUGUAAAAUAUUCAAGUGUGUGAACCCAGUAAACAAGACAUGCUCUGUUGCUAGAACAUACCUUAAUUUGUGAAGCAGUGGGGAGCAUGUGUGUAGGGUAGUUUGUUAUUAACACUGAGAUUUGAGGAAUAAAGUAUCAAUUUUACUAAAAUGUGUGUUCCAUAGACACUUUAAACACUAUUCUUUGCACAAAAAACAUCUAUUAAAAAAUGUCUACUGUUGUGGUUCUGGAACGGUCCGGUCCCUAGAUGAUGUCACCAUACGAAAGUCUCUAUAGUCUUUUUUUUUUUUUUACACAUUUGUUUUCGUGUCAGACAUGGAACCACAAAGGUUUGUGUACAGUGUUGUUUAUUAGUCAUUAUUUAUGGCAUAGUUUGUUAAAUUUGCAUACAAUUUUACCGUGGUUAGAACCAUAUGACCAUAUGUGACACCAAAAGAUUUUGUAAUUCAAAAUACUUUUACCUCCUAACAAUAUUUUUAAAUAAAUCAUGACCUAUAAUGUUAUGCAAAAAUUAAUAUAAUUAAUAAUCAUCAACUUAAUCUAUUAGUUGGCUGGUGCUUGCAUGAAAAUGUAUCAAAGUGCACAAUUUCUAUAGAAAAUACAUUGUUUGUGUUUGCUCAUGUCUCAAUUGCAGAUAUCUAUCACGAGGAAUUGCUCUACACAUGCAGAAAUAUUUAGUUGAGCAAUAAGUUAACCAAACUUAUAACUUGAAUGCUGUACACGACGGUACCUGGGACAGGCUGGUUAACUUCGCAGUUGCCCAGCGCGACCAUGUGGCAGCGGUCAUGACCACAGUGAUGGCAUACGGCACUCAUGGCUGUGCACAGUACUAACUAUAAACAUUGGUGGAAGAAUGACCUAAGUAGCUAUUUAUGCUAAAACCACCUAUGUCACAAGCUAGCAUUUUCGUACACGUGGCGGCAUUGUAUUUUACUUAAUACGUAAUUUUAUACUCAAUUUAACAAUGUACCUCAAUGAAGAUAUGGCCACUAAAUAAUUGAAUAAAUAAACGCCAGAUAUUUUCCAGUUUCCACCUACGAAGCAAUAAGCAAGUAGCACGCAAAUAACCUAAAGUCCUAAACAAAAAUACGAAAGAAAAAUUGCCACCAUUACAAAUGAGCCUUGGCAACGAAUCGUAAACAAACAUUGAGCAGUGAGCACACUAGCGCUCUUACGGCCGUGCACACAAACAAAACGUUCAAGCAUCUCUAAUGAGUGCACAUCCCGUGCAUAAAAGCUACAUUGGGUUAAUACAGCUUAUUUAUUUAUUUUUUUACUUUAGUACCAUUUCUGAGGAGUUUGUUUUAUACAUUGUUUGUAGAAAAUUUGUUGCCAAUUUUAUGGUACAUAAUAUAAAAGUAAUGCAAAUACAAUUAAAAAUUUUACCUCACUGUUUUGUGAACUUGCACCAAGUUUCCACAGCCAGCUAAUGUGUACAAAUGUACUCUACCUGAAUGACUAAGGUGGUAAUUGAGCCAUGAGAUACUCGAGGCAUUCCAAUUAGUAUUUUCCGGCACAUCAGAGCACUGGCACAUUAAAGCUUCCAUCGCCUUAGACUGGUAAGGGGUUCACACUAGUCGGUAGAUGUAGCCAACAAUUGUUCUGCAGUGGUGUAGAAAAUGUCUUCUUUAGGACAAGUGUUUCAAAUUUUUUUUAUUAUUAUUUAUAAGGUCCUAGAGAAACAAUUCUGCAGAGUUUAAUUUGUCCAUGAUGAUCUUGAAAGCUGGGUCCUUAUCCAUUUUACGUAUUCACUGUGCAGUACAGUGAUAGAACACGCAGUUGAUAAACUCUAGAGAUAAUUUUUGAUGUGCUUCAAACCUCAUGACUAGAAAAACUGUAUUUUUUUACCUUAUUCUUCCCAUGACAAAAUACUGGAUUAUUGUGCUGUAAGCAAAUAUAUGUGAAAACAUUUUAUUUAUAUUAUUGCUAUAAUACAUUGCCGAGUCCAUUGGAUGGGUUAUUUGAUAAAAGUCCUGUAUUUUUUUUUUUUUUACUUAAAAUAGGUAUUAAAUAAUAAAAAUUUAUAACGGUACAACUAUCCUUUAAUACUUUGUUAUAAUUUAUAACCAUUCUAAUGUGCAGAAACUUAAUGGUAUUCACUGUUUAGUGAAUUUUAGCAAGAUGGGCAGUAUUUUAAUCAAAUUCCUAAAUGAAAAUCAGGUCCAAAGCCAGGGGCCCUAUUCUUGACGCUGCUGGAAGAAUUCCGCUAGCGGAAUUACUUGAUUCCACCAGAAAUUUGCUAAACCCUAUUCUUGAACACUCGCUAGCGGAAUUAUGUAUCGGAAUUACGUCACAAACUACCGGAUAUAUUCCGCCACCUCGUGAGCUGGCGGAAUCACAAUUCCGGUAGAGAUUUGAGCGUGUUUUAUUCUUUGAAACCAUGAUUUGUCCAAAAUGGAGUCUCUGUUAUGGUUCUGAAAAAUAUUUAAAUCGUUUGUAUGUUUGGUUAGUUUAGGUUAGCUACACAUCUCGUUAAUUAAUGCGUGUAUUUAUAUACUUAUAUUAGAUUACUUCAUUUAAAACCAGAAAUAACUUAUUCGCCUCAUUAUGUUAUGUGAUUAUUCAGAUAAAAAUACGCCAUGUGAUGUUUUCAACCUUCAAAAUUCGUGUGUGCUUGGCGAGAAAACUUUUGUAACAAUUUAACUAAUAUUUAAUGUUUUAAGUAUUAUUACAUUUGUUUGUGUGAUUUGCGAUGGCAGGUAUUUAAAUAUUACGUUACGAAAGUUAUAUUUACCAUCUUCCAUUAAGUACUUAAUAUGGUACCUACUUAGUAUUAAAAACAUUGAAAUUUUUGCUGUGUAUAAAUUUGUGGCUUAUAGGACGUAUAUUGUGAUAAAUACAAUACCGGUAACAUAGUUUCCACGUUACGUAAUUCGUAUUUGACACCAAAUAUUGCAAUCGUGUGUCAUGUUUUGAUGGAACAAAACUAUAGUGGUAGUUAGGUUAUGCACAUGUAUUUGUUAAAAGUGCAUCCAUCCCGGAAUUGAAGAGUACUCGAAAUGAGUCCAUUUAUAUAUGAAUUUCCAACAAUGAUAAGUGAUUGUGAAAAUAAAGGUUAUUCUAUUUACCCUUCCCUAUCUUGCAAACAGAGUCAACAUUCCUACCCCGCAAAUGAUAUGAUUGAAAACAACACACACCGAUGAAAACCCACACAAGUAGUAUUAAAUAAAUGAUGAAAGAAGAUAUAGUUGAAAGAUUUUGUUGAUAAAUUCAUAAGAUUGUUUUCAAGAAGCCCCUACACCAAAAAUUAACAAACUUUGGUAUAAGUUCUGUAUUGUUUAUCCAGGUGUAUCCAGAUAUACCUUUGAUUCUAAUGGCAUAAUCCUGUACACCUGAAUCUGUAUUAUAUGAUGCUUAUCUUUUUUAUCAGUGGGAAGGCGUGUAGCCCCGACUUGUUUUGCGCGACAGCGCGAAACCUGAUGUAAAAAAAAAUUACCUAUAUGAUAAAUAACUUCACAUUUCGCGCUGUCGCGCGAAAUGCGUCGGCGCUACGCGCCUGCCCACUGCUAAAAAAAUAAGCAUCAUGAACCACAGGAUCAGGUGUACAGGAUCAUGCCAACAGGAUCACAGGUUAACUUGGAUACGCAAUACGGAACUUUUACCAUUUUCCCCCCGCACCAUGAGAUAAUUGCCAGAUGAUGUUCAUAAAAUUUUAUAAUUUUGUAUUGACUUGCAGUUAUAAAAAUCUUAAUGUGCACAUUCACAAUUGUUUGCUGAAUCAAGAAACACCGCAUAAAAUAUAUUUUCACCUCAAAUUUUACACUAACAUAAAAAAUUGCGGCAAAGUAAGCAGAAACAAACUAAGAAACGAUUACUUUUAAGUGAUAAGAAUUUUAAAUUCUAUCAAGUAAGCAGAAACAAUAAACUAAAAAACGAGUACUUUUAAGGGAUAAGAAUUGUAAAUUUUAAUAAAAAAAAUCCACAUGAAUUUGUAAAUAUUUUCGCAAAUAUUUGUAUGUUUGUAGUACUUUUUCUAACAUUAAAUAAAGUUGUUCAUUUCAUAACACAAUAUUUUUCCCCGAUUUUUUUUCAUAUAAGCCAUACCAUUCAUUUUUAAUUAUUAGUUUUGUAUUUAUUAUACAUAUUACAUAACCUUCACGUCCAUCAACUAGAGAAAAGAUACGAGUAUAAUGAUAACAUUUAACUUUUAAUAAUAAAUGGUCCUUCCCUCGUUGUGAUUGGCCUUCUACCAGUGACGUCAAUACAAUAUUGAACGUUGCCACACUUCCAUAAAGACAUUUCAUAAACCCGACAAUGUUGAUUCCGGUAGCAGCAGUAGCAGUUUCAAGAAUAGACAUUUAGCUGUCUAGCGGGUUGAAACUUGCGGAUCAUUCUGCUACCGGAAUUAUUCUGGCAGCGUCAAGAAUAGGGCCCCAGGGGUUAGUAAUUUUUUUUUUCAAGGGUCUUCUUCACUUUUAUUGGUGCCUUUUUUAAUAGUUGAAUAUUUCCUUCUAUUUCGUGCUGCCAUGUGUGCAUGAUAGUCGUUUACGAUCCAGGCAACGAAUUCUAGCGGCAUCUGAAGUACGUACGUGCAAAACAAAUGUUUAUCACACUCUUCAUUGUACAGCAAGAUUCAUUGCAACAUGGUUUUUAAAAUAUGCAAGGAACUCAUAAGUUUAUUUACAACACAAGCACACACUAAUUUGCUCAUUACUGAGGUUAAGAUGUUUACACAUCACUAGCAAUUACUGGAAGACUUGCUCUCAUUUUUAUUAUAUAUAAAAACACUAAGCUGUAAAAUGUUUACAAUUGUUAUGGGAUGUAAGUAGACAAUAUGUUCUCAUUUAAAUAUGUGUAGAUGGUACGGAGUUGGUUUAGUCACUUCAAAUGAAUAAUCACCAUUAAUACAAAAUAGUGUAGCUCUAUGCAAUCAUUAACAGUGAUUUUACAACUUUGAGAAGAAAUUACUUUCUCAGAUGUUCUAAGAUAAAUGUAGACACUUAAGCUAAGUGGGAGGAGUUACAUUAUCUGAAUCUCUUUCACUUUGUUAUGCAUUAGGAUGUGGCUUAAAACUUAUUAUUGAGCAGUACCAUCGAUGCGGGUGACUUUGUACCACUUAAGGCAUGUUUACAUGUAUUUAAAGAACCUAAUUUAUUUAAAACUAAUUUAUUAAAUAUGUGUAUGGAAGUAUUUUUAAUGUGCUUUCUUUAGCAAUAUAGAACUUAAUUUUCUGUGUAGUUUUAGAAAAUUAAAAAAUAGUAAUGUUGUGGUACAAAGUCACCUACAUGUGUUGGGUGACUUUGUACCGUGUUGGUAAUUGUCGCAUAAAUAGUGUUGUAUUGAGAACAGUUGUACAGCAGGUGAAUUUGUUCCACUUUAAAUAUUAACUCCACACACAAUAUUAAUGUUUUGGUUUAAUUUUACUUCAAUUAUAUUAACAAAUUACAUACUAAAACAUUGAGAGCAAACUAAAAAUGUCUUGAAUAGGGGUUAAAACUUUUUUUUUUAGUUUAACACUACACAGACCAAUGCUGGCUCAAAAUUAAGUUUUCGAUGGAAAAAAGGCCUCUUUUUGAUACUUGCCGCACACAAGACAUGUUCACACGAUCAAUCACUGCACUAAUGUCAUAAAAUAUUUCGUCUUUAUCUUCAGGCCAUUUCCAAUAUCCUUGCCCUGCCCUUUUCAUACAAGAGACUUUAAGUUCUUUCUUUUGCCUGUUUAUCUCAGUGAUCCUCCCUGGAUAAAAUGUCCCUUCAUAGUCUACAACAACAAAUUCAUUUACACUGUAGAGAUCACCCUUAGAUUGUGUUUUAUUUUUCAAAGUUUGGAUUGAACUGCUGGAACAUGGCUGUUCUGUGAAGCUGUCAAACUCUUCAGCAGAUUCAUCAGGUGUAUCAUCAAAUAUGAGUUCACAGUUACCUGCUUCAGAGUCUGAACUAGAACUGUCCUGAGUAUGACUUGCCUUUCUUGGUGCAAAUUUCAUUCUUAAACACUUUCCUUUCACACUUUUGGAGGACUUCUUCUUCAGUGCAGAUUCUUCCAGAUAUUGUGCCACCUCCUCACUGCUAAUACUUUUCCCAGGUUCUACUGGAAGUCGUUUCCGUGAAGUAGACUUCGGGGAUGUGAAAUUCUCAGUGAUGUGUUCAAUGUAUUCUUGAAAAGCUUGUCCAACACCAUCAGAAAUAUUCAGGUCAUUUAGUCCAAACUCUGGUAGGCUACCAAUGGGCUGCCGACGAUCCGUGGGGUAAAUUCCAGUUUUCCUGAAACCAGCACGUACAUUAUCUGAUGCUUUUGGAGCAUUUGCUUUAAGCAACUCAUGCAACAACUCAGGAAAUGCUUGCUUUGUUACAGUAGUGUACUUCUUUCCUUCCUUGGUUUGUUUCCAUGAGUGAAGAAGCUUUCUCCAAUGCUUUUUAAUGGACUGAAAAAGGAAACAUCAAAAGGUUGUAGUAUAUGUGUGCUAUUGGGAGGUAGGCAGAUAAAUUUUGUUUUGACUUUGUCACAUUGCCGCAAAACAUACAAACUGAUGUGUGAUGUAAGGUUAUCACAUAUUAUAACUUUCUGUCCAUCUUUCUUUUUUAACUCUGGGUAGAGAACAGUGUCAAACCAAUUUUCAAAGGUGGCUUGUUCAAACCAACCACUCUUUGAAGCAGCAUAUCUGGUUCCGGGUGGGCCACCUUGAGUCCAUGUUACCAAAGGUUGAGUUCCUUUAUACACUACAUAUGGUGGUAGCACUUCUCCAUUAGCAGUACCACAAAACAUUACUGAAUAGUUAACUUUACUGCUGUUCACAACCAACUGUGGAUGUUUACUUUUUCUUGAAAAGAUAACCUUCUUUUUUCUUGGAUCAUCAUUGAUGCCAGUCUCAUCAAAGUUGAAAAUAUUUUCAGGUGGUACUCCAUCCAGUUCCUGUUCCAAAUGAUCAAAAAAGUCUAUUACAAUUUUCUCUGUUACAUUAGCACGUUUCUUGCUGAUGUUGUGUGCAAAACGUUCACGCAAUUCCUUGUCAUGUCGUUUUAAAAACAGGUUACACCACUCACGGCCGGGAUAGUUGUUUUUAAAGCACUUGAUAUUCUUCUUUUUCUUAUCCAAGUAACUCUUGACAAUGAAACGAAAAUCAGUCUUAGUUAUUGGAAAGCCCAAAUUUGCUACACACGAAAUAUGUUGGAUAAACUCUUUUUCUUCAUCAUCAGAAAAAACCUUCUGACCGCCAAUUUUGCCACUGUGUAAACCUUUGGUCUUGUUUCGUAUAGUCUGCCUAGGUAUGUUGUAAUGUGCAGAAGCUUUCCUUUCUGACAUCUUUCCUGUUGCAAUGUCUGUAAGGCAUGCUUCCAACUUUUCAUCUGAAUAUCUUCUGUAAGCCCUUGAGUCAGGGUGUGGCACAUAUUUAUUGGGCAUUUUGUGGAUUUAUAUAUCUGAAAACAGAUUAAAUCUGCUGUACUUAAAUGUAAUAACCUACUUGUUAUUUAACCUACAUACACAAAAAUAAAUAUUAAACCAAAAUAUUAAUGCCCGAGUGGAUUUGUACCUGUGUGGACGACAUUGUACCACGUGGUACAAAGCCACCCUUGCUGAAACACAACCUUAAAAUAAAAUAUUUUUAAGAAACAGUUCGAUAAAACAUGCUGGAAGUGGCUAAAUACAUACCUGGUGGUAGAAUAUCAAAGGAGCCAGUUUUAAAAUCGUAAGUCUUUUAUGUUUUAGUACAACACUUCACAACACUAAAAAAACCAAUGAAAAUAUUGACCAUCAUGCAUAGCAGCCAUUUUGAAAACACAUGUAUUAUGCAGAGUAGUAUGCAAUGUUGUCAUAUUGCAGCACCAACUGUGCAAAUUUUAACUAUCGUGAAGAAGGACAAUUUUUUUUGUUUGAUUGUUAUUAAAUAUUAUUUGAUAAAAUGCUCAAUGGCACAAAGUCAUCCUCACAGGACAAAGUCACCCGCAUCGACUGUACUAGUUUUUACAAUGGUAUGUGUGUACUACAUGUCUUUGAGAAAUGUUUUAAAUUAUGAAAUAAGUUUUGAAGCUUGUGAAUAAUUUUAUUACAUUAUUUUUUUUUUUAACAGUGGAUAAUGUAUGAUAAAUUUGUGUGGUGUCAAAUUUUUUUUGUCAGUGUAUAAUUGUGCAUGUGUGUAUAUAUUAUGAAUGUUUUCCACAUUGUUUAAUAUUGUUGCAAAAGAAAUAUUACAGAAAAACUUAAAAUUUAA